UGAGAUAGCUAAUGAUAAGCGAACAAGUGCUAUUAGUGAAAAGGAAACCAAAGGAGUUGUGCGGCAUAAAAAAGCCGACAGAAAUAAAACCAAGUAGCAUUUAUUAAAAUAAUUUGAAUUAAAAUAUAAAUUUGUGCGGAACAAAAUUUCCCCAUAACAACGCUGCCAUUUGUCAAAAGCAGCAAUAAAUAAAAAGUUUUGUAUUUAUUAUACACUGCCCAGUAUGUCUCAUACAAUUUUGUUGGUUCAACCUGGCGGUCGACCAGAGACGCGCACGUACAGUGACUACGAAUCGGUUAAUGAGUGCAUGGAAGGUGUUUGUAAAAUCUAUGAAGAACACCUCAAGCGUCGUAAUCCAAACACCCCCACCAUUACUUAUGAUAUUAGUCAGUUGUUUGACUUCGUGGAUCAGUUGGCAGAUAUAAGCUGCCUUGUGUAUCAAAAGUCAACAAAUACUUAUGCGCCAUACAAUAAGGAAUGGAUAAAGGAGAAGAUAUACGUAUUGCUGCGCCAGGCUGCUGGUAGCACAGACUGAAUUUCAUAAAUUUUUCUUUCAAAAUUUAAUUUAAUUGGAGGUUCUUUUCUUACUAUGUCAUCAUUAAAUAAAUAAAGAUUUUACUAAGAGUCUCCAAUAUCGAAAUAAAUAUUUGCAUUAAAGUAUACUCUGUUUUAUAAAAAUCUUCAUCUUACUAACUCAUUACAAUAUUCUUAUUGUUCAAUAGAUCAAUCAAUAUUAAU